ACAAGAACACUAGCAACAUUCCCAAAAGGAUCUAGGCAUAAGAAUAUUUAAGGGCGCUGUUCACAAAUAUUUUUGUAAUAAAAACUUUGGGAUUAUUUUUAAUUAAUUACUGCAUUAUUUAGAGAAGUUGAUUGAGCCAAUCCCAGACCCCAAGACAUUCAAAGAUAGAGGAAGAGAGGGAUAAACAGUGUCUGGUCUCUUUAUAUUUGAAAGUAAAGUGGCCACUCUCAGGCGGAGAGAGACGCAUUUUAUCAAACUCUUCAUCACCCAAAUAUGUGUUCCUUCUCUCUACACUUUUUCAAUCUUUGAAUUCCUUACUUUAUGUUACUAGGAUUAAUCGAAAUGCAUGACCCGACGGAUUUUCAACAAAUGAAGGCACCGGUUUUUCCAGAGCAGGAGCAGCUAAAAUGCCCGCGCUGUGACUCAACCAACACUAAAUUCUGUUACUACAACAACUACAACUUAGCUCAGCCCCGCCAUUUCUGCAAGAGCUGCCGACGUUAUUGGACCAAAGGCGGAGCCCUUCGGAACAUUCCCGUCGGUGGGGGCACCCGCAAGAACUCCAAACGCUCCUCUUCCUCGGACAGUAGCAGCCAACCCAAACGCCAGUCUAACCCCGCUCCGGACUCGAUCCGUAACCAAAAUCUCUCUGACUCCUCUCCGCCGCCGACGAUUCCGCAACAGGUUCUUCUGAGCUCGGCGGUUCAGAAUUCGGUUUCGGAUGCCGAUCAGACCCGGAUGUAUGUCUUGUCGCUUGAUCAUCAAGCAAGGAAGAUGACGGAUACCGGUGGGAGUUUUAGCUCGCUGCUGGCAUCGAGUGGGCAGUUCCGGAAUCUUCUAAACGGGUUGAAUCCAAAUGGGUCGGGUUCAGAAACAGCACACACUGACGAUUUUGGAGGGAAUUUGGCUUCGGGUCGUGGAAUCGGUCCUAGUUCGGAUCGGGAUCCGAGAUUGAGAGAGAGCAAUAACAGUAACAAUGAGAGUUAUUUCGGUGUACAGGGAGGUGGUGGCGGUGGGGAUACAAAUUGUUGGACUGGCUGUAGCAAUGGCUGGCCUGAUCUUGCUAUUUACACUCCAGGUUCAAGUUUUCACUAGAAAUUAAUAAAUUUCACCACUUUCACUUUGUUCUAAUUAUACGGGUGUAUUCAGUUUUUUUUUUUUUUGAGAAUAGUACUUAGGUAAUAUGUAUUUUUUAUAUUAAAAAAUUGCUAUGCUAUAAUAGGAGAUGAAAAUACCAGAAAGACUUGAACGCUACAAUUAUAGAGAUAUUUAGGUUUUCUUCUCAAACGUGGUAUGAAUGAUAGUAGAAAGAGAAGAAAAAUGUGGAUGAAUUAGGAUUUUGUUGCACUUCUGUUGGAGGUGUGGUGUGAGAAUUGGGGUUUGUGCUUAUAAUGCUAUCUUAUUGGUUUCACUAA